GGGUUGGGAGGGGCCAGGUUGGAGCUGGCAGCGCAGGCACAGAGAGACCGAGUUCCAGGCCAUCGGCGCAGCCGCUCUGAGCAGUAAAGUUUGAUGGAAGGACACGGAGCUAAUCAAAACCACGAGCACAUGACGACUAUCGAGGCUCACGCUGUUGCCCAGCAGGUUCAGCAGGUGCACGUGGCCACGUACACAGACCACGUGGUCCUGAGUGGAGAGGAUGACUCCCCUUCAUCCCCAGAGGAGACCUCCUUUGAUGAUUCUGAUAUCCUAAAUUCAACCAUCACAGAUGAAGUCACAGCCCAUCUUGCUGCAGCAGGUCCAGUGGGAAUGGCGGCGGCUGCUGCUGUGGCAACAGGCAAGAAACGGAAACGGCCUCAUGCUUUUGAAUCCAAUCCCUCAAUACGCAAAAGGCAGCAGACACGGUUGCUACGGAAACUACGGGCUACGUUGGAUGAAUACACAACUAGAGUUGGCCAGCAGGCAAUCGUGCUGUGCAUCUCGCCCUCCAAACCUAACCCCAUUUUUAAAGUGUUUGGAGCUGCUCCUCUUGAGAAUGUGGUACGCAAGUAUAAAAGCAUGAUCCUGGAAGACCUGGAGUCGGCACUGGCAGAGCAUGCUCCCACUCCUCAGGAGAUUAAUUCUGACCUUCCACCACUGACAAUUGAUGGAAUCCCAGUCUCUGUGGAUAAAAUGACACAGGCUCAGCUCCGUGCUUUUAUUCCAGAGAUGCUGAAGUAUUCAACAGGGAGAGGGAAACCUGGUUGGGGUAAGGAGAGCUGCCGCCCUGUGUGGUGGCCUGAGGACAUUCCAUGGGCCAAUGUUCGCAGUGAUGUGCGGUCAGAAGAACAGAAACAGCGGGUUUCCUGGACACAAGCACUGAGGACGAUUGUUAAGAACUGUUACAAGCAGCAUGGCAGAGAGGAUCUAUUGUAUGCGUUUGAAGAUCAGCAGUCACAGCCACAGACUCACAUCGCCCAUCUUGUCCCCUCUCAGACAGUGGUGCAGACAAUCAGUAAUCCCGAUGGCACAGUCUCUCUCAUACAGGUUGGCACGGGUGCAACAGUUGCGACUCUGGCAGAUGCGUCUGAACUCCCAGGAACGGUAACUGUUGCUCAGGUGAAUUACUCCACUGUUCAGGACGGAGAGGUUGAGCAGAACUGGGCCACGUUGCAAGGUGGAGAAAUGGCAAUCCAGACAACUCAGGCCUCUGAAGCCACCCAGGCCGUGGCCUCUCUGGCAGAGGCUGCAGUGGCUGCAUCCCAGGAGAUGCAGCAAGGGGCCACCGUUACCAUGGCACUGAACAGUGAGGCUGCUGCCCAUGCUGUUGCCACACUUGCAGAAGCCACCUUGCAGGGCGGAGGGCAGAUUGUGCUGUCAGGAGAGACUGCUGCUGCUGUAGGAGCACUGACCGGUGUUCAGGAUGCUAAUGUGGCCUUGUACGUUCCUGUAAAGGUUGCCGCUCCUUCCCAGUUGACCGCUGUCUGCCGCAGUACCACGGGCAGCAAUCAACAGAAAGCCCCUGAGUGCAACAAACCGGAUCGAGAAAUCAGUGUUGGCCUGGUGCAGAUCCCAGUGAGCAUGUACCAGACAGUCGUCACUAGCCUGGCCCAGGGUAACAGACCCGUGCAGGUUGCAAUGGCCCCCGUCACCACUCGAAUGACAGAAAUCCAGUCGUCUGCAGUAACUGUGGAAGGACAAGCUGUGGAGGUGGUAACACUGGAGCAAUGAGGAGACCACCAAAGAACAAAGCAACUUUUCUGUCCUUCAGAAGUCCAACAUUGCAAAAUACUGCAAUCAGGUGUCCAGUGCAUUGACAGGUGGCCAUGAAAAUAAAAGUACCCUAUUGGGUUUAGUGUUGGGGAGAGAAAUGAUAGAAGACUUCUCUUCUCUUAUAUUACCCUCGGAGAGAUUUCUAGCUCUUGUAUUUACUGUUUUAUAUUGGAAGGGAAGAAAAGUCAAACCUAUUUGUAUAAGUUUCUCUGUAUUUAUGCACAACGUGUUUGUGUCUGUGACUGAAGAUUGGGGCCUUCUUUAUUAAUGGUCUCGCUUGGAAUCUUUAUCAUUGUGGUUCUAGAGGUUUGGAUCAGCUCUGGAGGGUUAAUGUUUGGGAGGAUAGGGUGUCUGCAUUUUCCAUUUCAAUAAAAGUUGGAGCAGGACCUGAGCCCCAAACCUUUUAAAAGUUACUGUCUGGUUGGUCUGCAGAUUUUCACUUUAUUGCUCUUCCACUUGUUUUAAAUAUUACAAGUCAAAGCAGAAGAAUUUUACAUCCCCAUCACUUUAGUGAAUGAUCUCACCGUCCUUGGGCACAGAGGGAAGCAGAAUAUCAGCCGAAGUUUCCCCUCCUGAUCUCGUGAUGAGCACGUGUGAUCACAGUAAGGUACACGUACUGUUGAGUGAGGGCAGAACAAAGCUCUGCACUGAAUCCCAUCUCAAUGAAGUGAGGUAUCAGAGGUUAGAAGACACAAGUUUGAGCCUUCAGGGGAAGACCAUGGAAUAAAAUCUCCUGGACACUUAAUGAGUUGGAGUGUAAUGGCAGUUGGGUCUCAUCCCCCACCAAAGCAAACUGCGCCAGGAAGCUUUUGAGUGCCAUGAAUUAUUUUUAAUCAUUUUAAUUUUUCAUGAAUUUUAUUCGUUUCCUAUUAAAUCCACAAGCUGUGAGUGUAGAACCUAAAUUCCAGCCAUACCUUAGUUCAGUCUGUUGCUGUAAACUAACAUCGAUCAGUGCAGGAUUACUUUGCCAGUCUUUGGACAUGGGCUUCAGACCAGGGCUCUGACAGUGGGCAGCGAGGUUGGAAAUGCAGCAGGGGUGCAGUGAGCCACUUUGAAGCUGCAAUUCGCUCACUUUGACAGUGUACACUUAAUGAGUGGUCAUAAAAGCUUUUUAGACAAUUUGUUUUGUACUACGUUUAAACAACUUGUGUAAUUGUAAUGUAACAAUAGCAGAUGUUGUUUGUAUUUCCACACUUAAUGUAGUAAUGUGUCCCAAAGAUUAGAAAGUUGGCUCAAUUUAAAAUUAGUGGAGCUUGACAUUUCUGUCCAAAUAGACUGUUUUCCCCAUUGGAUGCUUUUUCCCUGUUUGGGGAAUUUUAAACACACCUGGCAGGUCUCAAUAUCAUUCUCACAAUUUAAUUAAAUACUUUUAUUCAACAAGUUAACCUGUACAAAAGUAUUUUAAGUACCAGCAUUAUUCAAAGUUACUUGCAUGUAAGAGAUAUUUUAGAUUUUGCCUUAAUACAUUUACAUUGAACCGAACCAAUUUAAAGACAUUCCUAGGCUCAGUAUUUCAUUCUAGGCUUUGAUUCUCCUGGUCUACUGAGGGAAAACAUUUCCUUUUUGGAGUUUCUCUUGGAGUAUGGGUUGAACCUAAUAAAUACAACUGCAAUUAGAGCUCAUGAACAAGGUUAACUAAGAAUUAGGUGAUACUGAAUUUCAGCUUCAUUUCAUAUUAUUAAAAUGAGCUCAUCGUCAGGGCGUAAGAGAGGUUACAAUAGUAACUGGAGGAAGAACAAGAAGUUCUUUCAUUCAUACCCUGACAAAAUGAAAUAAAGUUGGCUAGUACUGCAAAUUAUAGAUACUGACACCCUUCCCCACUGAUGUACCAGUUGCACUGAUUAAUUUGCUGUUAUAGUUAUGUAUAAGUGAAGAGAGCUUAAUAAAGUUAAAAUACUGCAAGACCAGGCACUCCUUAAACUAUUUCAGUAUUCCUUGUCAUUGACCUUUCCUGGUCUGGUUUACAGCCGUGUAUCUAUCAUACACUGCAAUGUUGACACUCGGGUUAUUUGAGAAUACUUGGCCCAACAUUUGUCAAAAAUUCACACUUAAUCUAAUAUGCUUUAAUGUUUGUGCCAAUAUGCAUCUUGUAUGCUGUUCUUAAUUUACCGCUCCCACCACCUGUGCCACAGCAAUGCUUCAACCUAGUGUUAUACAGAUUAGAAUCCUUUCCAGAGUUUGCAAGGCUGGAAAAUCUGCAGUGCUACUUUCAGAUCCUAUUUGUAUGUCACUGUAGAUGAUAUGGAAGUCUUCUGCAACCACUGUCAAACUUCACUAAAAUCCUGGUGAUAAUACUGUGUUAAUUUACUUUGUUCUUUCCUCCUCUGUUAUCUUGUUCAGUCCUAUCCACCUGUCUUCCACAUUGAGGCAAGUGGGAGACCGGAAUCUCACUGACAAAAUGAGUGACGGAUAAUGCGACAACCACAAUAGUAUUAGCAAACUACCUUGCAAAAGAUGUUAACGUUGGGUGGGUGGGAGCAUGAGGGACAGGUUAUGGGAGCAAUUUGGUCACCACCUGAAAUUAAUGUGAUUCCAUGUACUGUGAAAAGAGAUUCCAUUCAGCAAGCCAGAAUGGAUUGGAAAUGCUUCCUCCUUAGGAUGCUCACAGCUUUAUAUGGGGAGGGGUGGAGGGAAUAUUAAAUUACCAUUGUCCUCCAUACUUUCUGGUUAGUACAAUGGACCAAUGGAUGCGCCGUAUGGUGGCCAUUGCAAAGACUGAAUCUUCAUAUAGAUAUGAAUACUGUAUAUAUAAUAAAGAAAAGUUCUUUUAAGUGCUGAAGGUGAGUACAGGUCUUAAAAGUACUGUGGUUUGUUUGCUACCGUAUUUAAUUCCCCUUGGAUACUCUGAAAAUGUAUUUGAAUGAAGACAUUUGCAUUUGAUUUUGUUUUAUGUUGCAUUUUUUUUUGUUUGGGAACUGAUUUGCUAUAUAAACACUGUUUCCUUUUUGGACAUACGAGCUCAUGGUGUGUAAUAAAGAUGUGAAUA